AUGAAUCCGGGAGACGUGGCUGCGUCGCUGGUGGUUUUGCUGGUGGCAAAUGACAACGCGUUGCUCGAUUGUGUCUGUAAACAGAUCAAAUUCGCCAAAGACGUGGCGGGUAGACUUCCAAUGAGUCCUGGUUUACGAGAGAUCUGGAAUACGUACUGUAUACUUAACGAUGAUUACCAGCUGUUCGAAACGUGCGACAACCUCAACCAGUCGUUCCCCACACUGCCAGCUGUUGGACGCCUGGUACCGACCACCUGGGACUUCAGACCUUUCCGGUACGCAGACGAGGUGAAGUGCGGCUUCGUCACAGAGGAGAUUCGCGGCCUGACGGUAGACGCUGCCGCGCAACUCUCGAGGGAGCUCAGCUGCCGCAUCGCUGCCAACUGCAUUGACUCCUACUCUGUACAGGGGUCGAACGACGUGGAAUGGAACCUGACGACGCUGGCAACUUACUCUCUGUCUGAUCCUAUCAUCUGGGAGUCACUGGGCGCCGUUCAGCGCAUCACAGGGGCGAUGCGUGCCAGGGACACGUGUUUUCUCCAACAUCCAAUCAACUUGCCUCAUCAGUAUUUCAGACGACCUGGUACGCUGACGCUGACCGAGAAGUGGAAACUGCUACCCACCGGCAGCCGCAGAGUAACACCAUCGCACGACGACAAAGAAUUCCGGGAUGAUGUGCCGAUGGUCUUCCAGGAGGAGCUCUCCAACUGCUGGAGAGACAAUGCACAGUUGCUUUCAUCUGGAAUAACGCACGUCUCGCGACUGCUCAUUCCCCUCGCAUUCCAAUACAUGGGUAAAAACAUGAAUGACCAGCUGCUCAAUGGAUUGAUUAAGGACAUGAAACAUGUGAGAGACAUGCUGCACACGAAAUUAAGGGGUUGGGAACGCGAUGUUCAGUAUAUCAGGGAGCAGGUAGCGAACUAUGCGCUGGAAGAAGACAAGAAGGUUCCUGGAAGCUACAUACUUAGGCGGCCGGUGCUGAGUGAAGACCUGCUGGACUACCAGGAGUGGUACCUCUCCUUUCGUGACGACUUCAGCGCGCAGUGCGAGGAGCAGCAGCCAAAGGCGGCAGAGAUGUUCGGUCUCGCCGACGGGGUCUACUCCUUCUAUCGGAACAACUGGCUGAGAACUAAAUAUAGCCCAUCUGUCAGAGAAUUCAUAGAUGAGAAGUGGCAGCUGGAGGACCAAAGCAACGCCGUGCUUAACGUGGACACUGACUGCCUGCAGCUGUUGGCUGAUGUCCUGGACCACCCCACGUGUCCGCUGGUAGACCUGCCACCGGAGACCAUCCAGCAGCGCCUACAGUGCCGCGAGCAGCUGUGGGGCGACGUGGUGCAGAGGUCGCCCCACGUACCCGUCACCAGCUACCUGGCCUACACGCAGAGGGUGAACGUCAACCUCUGUCUGCUGGCCUGGAUGGCUGUCAACUCGUUCGGCAUUUGUCAGGACGUCCCAUUCAGUAUCAUGCAAUCCGUGCACGACGCUCGCUGCUACUUCGAUAGUCCUGACGACCAGUCGUGUAUGGAAUCGAACACCACAGACGCCCUCUGCUCUGUCUCCAGAGCUAUUCUGCUGCUCAAGUGUCGCGACUUUUAUUUCCACGAAUCUCCUGAGCUGUGUGCCGUCAGAUAUUACGGAGCUGGACUGUACCCAAAUGACUUCAAAGCAACGUGGUCAGAUCCCCUCAAAGGUUAUGUAAAGCCAACAGAAAGGACACUGAGUUACAAAGAGAGUUUACAUAGUGCCACCUUGAAAUACAAGAAUUUUAAAAUCGACAGGUUAAAACCUUUAGAAAUAUCGUUCGUAAUGGUAAAUAUUCUUUUCCGUUUUUUGACUGCCGGACUAUACAUGCGCCUUCCACAUUUACGUAAUCUGCCGGGAAAGAUUUUCUUGUCCUUUCAGAUCACGGGUAUAGUCCAGAUCCUGUGUUCUGAGGUCGUUUAUCGUAUGGCAGGCGUCCCUGACUUAUCUGUAAUGGUACUGAUCGAUAGCGCCCUCACACUUCUCAGCUGUAUCUGGCUAAACUCAUUCUGCUACCACAUGUACGCAUGUGUUCGUCAUCUGAGGCUUCCUAACGAGCUAGCACCUACUGAAGCAAGCCGGAUAUUCCGUCGUCAGGUGCUGUAUGUGCUAAUACCCUGGAGUAUAGUAUGCGCAACGUGUAUCGGUUUGGAAAAAAUGGCCAGAUACUAUCUGAUCUAUAGUCGGAUAUUAUUCCUUGGGGCGAUUUCACUUUCGAUAUCUUUCAACUUGGUUUGUCUCGUUCUGGUGGGGACCAUGUACCUACGAACUCGGAAAUCAAUGCAGCAACUAAAAAUUUAUAGGAAGGGUAAAUUUGCCUCAAAGAAAGAACUUGUUUUUAUGUCAGUUAAAACUGUAAUCUUAAGUGGAAUUGGGAUUAUUAUUAGAAUUGGGUUUCACCAGGUACAGGACGUGGCACAGCUUGUGUACUGUGUACAUAUAGCUACAAUGGUGCAGGGACCACUGAUGUAUGUUUUUUUCAUUUGUAACGGAACAACGCUCCCCAUACUCAAGAAGAUGAUACUGGCGUGUUUCAACCCAGACAUCACCAUCCCGGAGCAAGAGCUGUGCUCAGCAGCUGAGAGAAAUCUAGCGAGGGGGGCGAAAGAACAGGCUGCCGUUGCAGAAUCCUCGUUGUAACCUCUGUAAGCAUUCUCCUGAAAGGAUUGUCUUUCACUAUAGAUCGUUCUAAAGCGUGUGAUUAGUCAUACAGACAGAACCUAGCAGACGAGACAAAAUUAACUGCGACUGAUUUCGCAAGACAGUGCCUCAGAUUUAUAAUUGAUUCUAUAUUUACAAAUAAUUACUUAUUUGUAUGUGGUUGCAUAGAAGACUGUAAUAAUUAGUUAUAGGUGUACUGCGUAAUCUCAAGUGAACACAAAGAAGUUAAAUAAGAGUUUUACAUAGGACUGGACUAAUGCGCUUUUGUGGGAUGGGAUGUUGAGUUGGUGAUAUAGAGGUACACAAAAGUGAUACACAGGACGUCAAAAAGUAAUCUGUACCCCGUGUUGUAGUCUUAAACAAGGAAGAACACCAUUUAAAAAAGGAUUUAUGCAGAUAGUAUUAUGGUAGGAAAGAGAUGUGCCAGAAGUUGAACUGAAAGGACACACAUUUUUCCAUAAGUGUAACAGCGUAGUAUGUACUGUUUAUUGUGAAUUGUUACCAAUAAAAGAACGGCCAUAAGAAAUGAGUGACCGACCAGUGGAAAUGAAA